UCAGCGCGGCGCUGCCCUAUAAGGAGCUGCUGCCGGCCGCUGAACUCUGCACGCAUCUUAGACAAACAAGCCCAAGCUUCCUGUAUCACACUCACACACAGCACUUCCUGAAAGUCCCGGAGUGUGUCAGAGCACUGCGAAGAGUGACCCGGCUGCUCGCACUCCCCGUCUGCACUCGCAGGAGCUUUUACUGCGUGUCAGCCUGAAAACAAUCCAUCAGAAUGAGCCGGAGGGGGUCCCUGUGCAAGCAGCAGUCCACGCCCUGCUUAGGGAGGGAAAUGCCGCGACAUUUCCCAGAAUGUCGAUGAGUGAAGUGGACGAGAAGGUGCGCCUGAUAGCGGAGAAGGUGUACGCCUCCGCCCUGAAGGAGGAAGACACCAAGGACGCCAUGGCGCUGUUCAGCGUGCGCGAGGACUGUCCCAUCGGGCUGCACGAGGACCGCGAGAGGGCGCUGCAGAAGGAGAUGGCCGAGCAGCAGUCCCAGGAGUCCGCCAAGAAGAAGAAGAGCUUCAUGCUGAAGCGCUCACAGUCCGUGUCCAUGUCUGUGGACGGCUUUCCCUCCGCGCUCUCUCCACUGCCUGCCGACGGCGGCCUUCCGGAAACCGUCCCCGAGUUUCAGAGAGUCACCAUCAGUGGAGAUUACUGUGCAGGGAUCACGGUGGAGGAUUAUGAGCAGGCAGCUAAAAGUCUGCUGAAGGCCCUCUUCAUCCGAGAGAAGUACUCCAGGCUGGCGUACCACCGCUUCCCCAGGACCAUCGCUCGCUUCCUCCGCGAUGCCGAGAAUGAGAAGUGGCAGGAAGAGGACGAGGUCCUACCAGACAUCAGCCCUUGUCCUCAGGAGGGGCAGGACCCGUACUCCAUGGAGGGCAUUCCUGAGGACCUGAACUACGAGCUGCAGAUGAAGGACGGCAUCGUGCACGUCUAUGAGGAUGCAGAAGCUCUGACACAGCAGCGGCCACACAGCCUGCCCUACCCCGACCUCGAGACCUUCGCCAUCGACCUGAGUCACGUUCUGGCCAUGAUAGCUGACGGCCCCACGAAAACCUACUGUCACAGACGGCUCAACUUCCUGGCCUCCAAAUUCUACCUUCAUGAAAUGCUGAACGAAAUGGCCGAGUUGAAGGAGCUGAAGGGCGUUCCUCACCGAGACUUCUACAACGUUAGAAAGGUGGACACACACAUCCACGCUGCAGCCUGUAUGAACCAGAAACACCUCCUGAAGUUCAUAAAGACCUCCUUCCAAACCGAGGCCGACCGCGUCAUCCUGGAGAAAGGCGGUCGGAAAGUCACGCUGGGGGAGGUCUUCGAGAACCUGCACAUGGACCCCUACGACCUGACCGUGGACUCACUGGACGUGCACGCCGGAAGACAGACAUUUCACCGCUUUGACAAGUUCAACUCCAAGUACAAUCCAGUGGGAGCCAGCGAGCUGCGAGAGAUCUACCUGAAGACGGACAACUACAUCCAAGGAGAAUACUUCGCACGUCUCAUCAAGGAAGUGGCCAAAGAGCUGGAGGAGAGUAAAUACCAGCACGCCGAGCCUCGUCUGUCCAUUUACGGCCGCUCCACCAGCGAGUGGGAGAGCUUGUCCUCCUGGUUCAUCCGGCAUAAGGUGCACUCACCCAACAUGAGAUGGAUGAUCCAAGUGCCCAGGAUCUAUGACAUCUUCAGGUCAAAGAAAUUAGUGCCAAACUUCGCAAAGAUGCUGGAGAACAUUUUCCUUCCCCUGUUUGAGGCUACAGUGAACCCACAGAAGCACAAGAGCAUCCACGUCUUCCUGAAAUACGUGACCGGAUUCGACAGCGUGGACGAUGAGUCCAAACACAGCGACCAUCUGUUCUCUUACAAAAGCCCAAAACCUGAAGCGUGGACCACCGACGACAACCCCCCCUACACCUACUACCUGUUCUACAUGUACGCCAACAUCAUGGUGCUCAACAACCUGCGCAAGGAGCGAGGCCUGAACACCUUCCAGUUUCGUCCCCACUGCGGCGAGGCCGGCUCCAUCACCCACCUGGUGUCUGCUUUCCUCACGGCCGACAACAUCUCCCACGGACUCAACCUCAAGAAGAGUCCAGUGCUGCAGUACCUGUACUACCUGGCCCAGGUGCCCAUCGCCAUGUCUCCUCUGAGCAACAACAGCCUGUUCCUGCAGUACUCCAAGAACCCGCUGCGAGAGUUCCUGCAGAAAGGCCUGUGUGUGUCCCUGUCCACCGACGAUCCCAUGCAGUUCCACUACACCAAGGAGGCCCUGAUGGAGGAGUACGCCAUCGCAGCCCAGCUGUGGAAGCUCAGUACUUGUGAUCUGUGUGAGAUUGCCAGGAACAGCGUCCUGCAGAGCGGUCUGUCACACCAGGAGAAGAAACACUUCAUCGGAGCCAACUACCUUCAAGAUGGACCAGAGGGCAACGACAUCCGGCGGACCAACGUGGCACAGAUCCGCAUGGCGUACCGUCACGAGACUCUACGCAACGAACUCAGUUUUCUGGUGGACGCUGUGAAAACGGAGUUCAACCAGAGCGGAGCCAGUAACUGAGAAGCAGAAACCUCACUGGGCCCCCCGGCCACAUGAGGCACUACAGGCCCCCUAUGGAGGCCCUUUCGGCCCCCUAUGGAGGCCCUGUAGGUCCCUCUAUGGAGGCUCUGCAGCCCCCCAUGGACGCUCAGCCUUUCUGUGGACUUCUCAGUGGAGGCUGUCUUGCCCCUCAGUGGAGACCCUGCAGGCCCUUCUGUGGAAGUCCUGUGGGCCCCUCUGUAGAACCUCUGUCAGCCCCCCCAUGGAGACCCUGCAGCCCCCCUAUGGAGACUCUGUUGACCCCUCAGUGGAGGCUCUAUUGCCCCACUGUAGAGGCCCUGAAUGUCCCUCUAUGGACACCCUGUAGGCCCCUCUUUUCGAGCUCUGCAGGCCCCUUGUGGAGGCUCUACUGCCCCUCUGUGGGCAUUAGGCCUCUGGAGGCCCGUCUUCACAAAAUUCUAUGGAAAGAAAGGAUUUUUAUAAUUUUUGUCUUUCAGACAAAGGCUGAAGGCGACAGGUUUGACGCUCUGCAGGAGACAGUUUGAUAGUUUCACCAAAAUGUUUCAGUGCAGCGUCUCUCUGAAAGUCAGCCUAAAGUAACAGUAAUAAUUUUAAAAAAAGAAGCUAAAAUAGCUGGGGAAGGUAAGUCCUCCGUCAGUGGAUGAGCUGUGUUCUAUUUUUCAGGUUUAAUAGUUACAUUAUGUUUGAUGAAAAGUUUUCAGACUUCUGGGUUUUUUCUACAUUUUUAUCAGGUUUUUUUUUUCAUUCUGAUUUAUUUCGGUGUUGUUUCAGGCUGAUGGUGCUGUUGUUCUGCUGUGUCCUAUACAAACUUGACUUUCAGACUGUCGUACAUAAGAACUUUUAUCGUUUUAUUUUACUAAACUGGGUGUUCAUUCAACAGCCUUAAAAAGAAAGAUGACUGAUCUAUUGAAAAAAAGUAGAGUAAAUAUAAUUAAUCCAAAUAAAUGAAGAAUAAAAUGUGUUUCCUAAAGCGUGGCCCACGACACACUUGUCUUUAUCUCACAAGCCAACUGCCCCACUGAUUGUACUGAAGUUGGGCUGAGGUAGAAUUAAGCAAGUUCAUGAAAAACUUUCAAUAUUCAAUUGUCUAGAUAAAUUUAGUUUCACUGAAAAUAAUUUGGAGAUAUUUUUGAUAUAAAAUUCUCUUUUAAACAUAUGUGCUUUUCGAUGUAGAAUAUGGUUUCACAUUGGGGGGCGUGUCUCGCAAUAACCUCUACAGACGACGUUUGAGUGUGAACCAGACUUUACUUGAUUUUCUACCUGGUGUAUUUUAUAUGAUAACUGCAUGUUUUAAUUACAUCAACAUGCAGCAGUGAUGUGAAGAAUUCAGUUUCUCGGAAAUUCAUUUUGGUACCAUGUUGUGUUUUUUGGUUUUCUUGUGUGAUAUUCCUGUUUUCUAAAAAAUGUCUGCAGCAGCAAUUUCCUAAAGAUGACCUGCUGUUAUUAAAACACUCCUGUUCGAAUGAGGCCUCAAGUUCGACGUGUGUAUUCAGACAACAACUAAUAAAAUGUUUUUUACAUCUUCUCA